AAGAAACACACCCCUCUUCAGAUUGCACAAGCGCUACAAGUUGGUUCAUCCUGUUAGCUUCAUCUGCAGGCUGGUGAGGCAGCAAACACCGGCAACUUCACAAAGAUGGGUUAGAGAAGUAGUUGUCUUUAUAUGAAGCGGCGUGAACAGGCACAUUAACAACCAAAGCACCUAAACUAUAACAGUUUUUUUCUCAAUGUCUUCCAGAAAGCGUAAAAGACACUCCAAGGACAUAAAGUGCGUUUUCUUCCCGGAUGACGCCGAAAAUGGUCUCCAGAAAGUUGGAAAGGAGGCAUCAGCACUUUCAACCGUGUCGUCUGCCAAGAGCUGGGAGAAAUGUGGAGACAGUUUUUUGGAAACUCCAGUGAUAAAGAACUUCCAGUCAUCAGGGAGGAAACUGUCUGCCAUAAGGAAACUGGCUCAGUCAGCUGCUGCAGUGCAGACCGGUGCUUGUCAUGAGGAUCCAGUGCAUAUUGCGUGGAGCUCCAGUGACAGUGAACAGUCUGACAAUGAGACUCAGGCGCAACAUCUAUCCAGAGUUGUUACGCAGCUGCAACAUCGAUCUCAGAGAUCAAGGAGACCCAUGGCUCCCACUCAGUCUUACACCAGAGCACUACGCAUGCUCAGCACCAGUAAAGAUGACCUUCCUGAUAUAGACACAGACAGCGACCUGGAUGAGUCUGAAGAAGAUGCUGAGAAGGAUAGCGGGCAACAAAUCUCAGACUGCGAGUCAGAGUCCUGUGACGAAAAGCAGAAAGACUUGCCUCUUCAAUCUGCGAAUGUAAAGGAGCUAGAGAUCUCAGGUUAUGUGUCUGAUGGAGAGAAUGUUGGCAGCACACUGACCUCGAGCAGACUGGACUCAGAAAUCUUUCCUCUCCAAAGUGGUGAGGGCAGCAAAAGGUCAGUGAGUGACUGGGUGAGAUCUGCUCAGGCAAUGCUGCAGACACCUCAAAAACCGAUUGACAGACAGUCCAAAACUCCUGAAGACUCUGCCAAAAAGAAAAGGAAGUUUCAAAGUGGAGGUCUGGCAGAGAGGCUGCAUCGGCUUCAGUGCAGACAGAGGUCAGCUAUCAGCUUCUGGAAGCACCAGGCCAGCUCUGACUCCUCAGCGGCAACAACCGCAACAGUGGACAGGCCUGGCGUGCUGGUGCUGGAGGUGCUGGAGGUUCAUGAGGAGUGCAGCAUGCAGCUAGCGCACUGUGAGCAACAGCAGCCCCCUGGAGACGGCCACCAACACAGUCACCCUGUCUCUGAGGAGAGAGCUCAUGUGUUGGUGUUAUUCAACAGAGAGACAGCAGCCCAGCUGAUUCCUGCAGCCAGAGAUAUCAUCCACAUAUACCCACCAUGGCAAAGUCUCUCCAUAGAGGACUUCAGCUGCCAUAUUAUUCUGAACACACACUUCAGCCAGAAAGUCUACUCUGCUUCCAAAUCAGCCGACAUGUCUAUUCCCAGAGGCCAGCUCUCUGCAGACAGACACAUGCCAUACUAUUUGGGUAAAAUAUUUGGACUGCUGGAGGUAUGCAGAACCACAGACGAGAGCAGCGCCAGGCAGGUUGCUGCCUCAGACGCUCUCUGUAAUUUUGGGUGUUCAGGAGUGUUGACAAGACACUGCGUCUCGCUCUUGGAAGCUAUUGAAGGACUUGGCCAGGCUGGCUCUGUGGAACAGGAUGUGGAGGUGGUGGUCCAGAGAGUUUACUCCAUCCCUGUGGCUGACUGCUUCCCUGUAUCCGUCCUCAAACCAAGAGUCCCCCUCAGGUCCUCCGCAGCUCCUCCUCCUCCUGCAGAGAGAGGCAAAACCAGGUUGUGUGUGCUUGUCCAGGACAGCUACGGGAUGUUCAGCGUGGUCCAGCUCCACCUCCUGCCCUGCAAGGACGACCUCAGCCAGUACUGCCAGAUGUGGCAGGGGAAGAACUGUGUGCUGAGAGGCAUUAAGGUGGUGCAGCGGGUCACUCGAGAAAGGAGCUCCAGGCUUUUCAGCUUGAUAGACAGUCUGUGGCCCCCAGCGACGCCUCUUAAAGAUCAUGGAAGCACACUUAGUAUGCCCAGUGAAAGCAGAGCAACAGGCCCCGCUCCCAGUUUCUGCUACCUGCUGUCGGGUCAGCAGAGCUCAGUUGAGCCCACCGAGGGCCAGACUGACUCCCUGCUCUACCGUCACCCCUCAACACGAACCUUACAAGACAUACUGCAGAGUGAGACGAAAACCUGCCGCUGCAGUUUCAUUGCCACAGUUUUAUACAAGAGAAUGCAGAACACUGAUGUAGGCCAGGGUGAGGUUUGGUUGGUGCUGACAGACCCCAGUCUUCAGGAGGAGCAGCCCGAGAGGCCAUGCAGGCGAACAGUGGCUCUGUGUGUGAACGCUUCCUGUGUGCUCACUUCCUCCGUUCUCAAAGCACUGAAUUCCCCCGCUGUCUGUCGCAUGUCAUUCAGAGAUGCCAUCAAAGAACACGGUGUCCUCCUGUGUGUGGAACAGUCCAUUGUUGAGGUUUGUCCUGAUGAGCCUGAGGCCGGUCUCGAGUGCCCAACCAAGCCAGAGUUGCUGCCGGAGCCUCAGGCGACGCCCCUGCCCCAGCUUGUGCGACUGGAUCCCCUGAGGGCAGAGACCACACCCAACUCCCUGUGCACUGUCACAGGGGUUAUAGUUGGUGUGGAUGAGAACACGGCGUUUUCUUGGCCUGCCUGCAAUCACUGUGGAAGUGACAACCUCGAGAUGUCGACUGAAGGACUUCAAAACUUCCACUGUGCUUCUUGUAAGACGGUGGUGGACAAGCCAGACACAAAGAUCCAGCUGGAGGUGUUCCUCAGUUCUUCUUCGUUAACUAACUGCACCAUAAAGGUUAAGCUGCAGCAGAAGACCAUCGUGUCCGUCCUGAACACCACGGCACUGGAGAGCAACGAGUUCCCAGGUUACGAUGUGGAGAAUGUCCUGGGAAAAGAGGUGGGCCCCAUCGCGGUCUACGUCCGAGUCGUCACCAGGAAGCCUGCCCUCUGGAUCGGCCUGGAAGAAAUCUGCCUCUGACUCUGUCAAGUGGCUAAUGAUAUCAAUCCUCAGGCUUCAGCUGGCUCCAAGGAUCUGCACAGUGGGCCUUGGUCUGAGCCAGUUUAUCCUCAUCUCCCCCCUCUGAAGGCCUCCCUGACAGCUUGAGGCUGCAAGAAGACAAGGUCCUGUUUGUGUUAAUGAUAUGCGAUCCUGUGGACCAGCAGUUGACAGCCCAAGGGUAGACCAGUGGCAUGCAGUCUGUCAAAGCAGCCCACGUGGUUCAUUAACUGGGAUGGGACUUGGAGAACAAGACUUUUUGGCAUUUUCAAAACCCUUUUUUCCCCAACUCCUCUACCUCUGUAUGUAACGAUUACUGACACUGUGUAAAUAAAAGGUUUAUUUUUUGCUGA